CCUCUUCUUCUUCCAGUGCUUUCGAUCUUUCUCAUCCACCUCUAGUUAACUUGUUCAUCAUCUCACAGAAAAAAGGAAACUGAAACCAUCGAAGAUGUUGAACAGCGGGGGAAGUGUUAACACUCAUAUCGAGGCUUCGAAGCCGUCGUCGUUUGAGUUCCCUGGAUUUGAGAAGGGUGCCAUGUUCGACCUCGGCCACCCUCUCCUCAACCGCAUCGCCGAGAGCUUUGUCAAGGCCGCCGGGAUUGGAGCUGUUCAAGCUGUGUCACGAGAGGCUUAUUUCACUGCCACUGAAGCUUCAGGACUUGGUUCAAGUAAUGGGACGCCGCCGGAUAUCUCAGGCCACAAAAAGAAUCGCUUCCCGGACCUCAGAGGGGGUAACAGCAGUAAAUCUCUUGAAGCUAUGGUGAAGCACACAGGAAAGGAAUCCUUACAAUGGGGGCUAGCUGCAGGGGUGUACUCGGGGCUUACUUAUGGACUGAAGGAGGCUCGUGGAGCCCACGACUGGAAAAACAGUGCAGUUGCAGGAGCCAUUACUGGUGUGGCUCUGGCACUUACAUCCGACUGUUCCUCUCAUGAGCAGAUUGUGCAAUGUGCUAUCACUGGAGCUGCCAUUUCCAGUGCUGCAAAUCUUCUUUCUGGGAUAUUUUAGGGUGCUAAAGUUGCGGAUGAUCAAGUCAUAUCAUUCCAAGAAGUUGGCUGCUUCCUUUAUAAUUAAGCUAGUUGGCUUCUUCCUUUAUAAUUAAGCUAUAGGGAUCUAAACUUUUCCAUCUCUGUUCAAGGAAUUCUACUUUCUUAGGAUUCUCGCUUUUCGAAUAUCAGUAUGCAUGUGUGUUCUUAAGUGUUUGUUAGAACACUGUUGAUAUUUGAAGUUUAUUCUUCUUUGAUUAACAUUUCCACG